UUAUUGCUCUUAGCUUGACUGUUCUCUCCCUUGGUACGUCGCUUUGGACAAAAGCGUCUGCUAAAUGACUAAAUGUAAAUGUGAAUUCUCCAGUGUUUAAACUCAGAUAUGAAAUGAACAGUAAACACGACAUGUUGUGUGAAUAAGCUGUAGAAGUCCUAUAUGUUCUAUCGAUCAUCAUGUUCUGAGUUAUUUAUUGUGCUAUGCGCCUGUCUACGCACGGCUAUAUGACUCUUUUUUUCUGUGAGCUCUUUUGGCGCCAGCAGGUGUCUCCAGUUCAGAGCGACUGUGAUUUGCAUCCAGACCUCGAGUAACCCUGUGUUCACUGCAGUCGCAUAUAAGCUUAACGACACAAAGGCUAGCCUACUUUGGCCUAUGUAGCCCAUAUAGUAGGCUGUCAGGACAGUGGACAUUUUCUAGUGGUAGUCUAUAAAUCAUUACGUCAUUCCUGAAAUAGACGACCUUCAAUGCAUCACUCUGAAGCAUAUGUAGUCUGUGUUCCCUUCCAGAGCAAGUCAAUAAAAAAAAAUCUAAAAAACAAUUCGAGAUGCUGACUGACUGAAAAGCUCUUUGUCAAGGCACUGCAACUUUUUUUUUUUACGUUAGGCACAGACAUUGUAAUUCUCUCUGUCUACCGGCAGAGGGGUCGUUGUAACGCCUUCAGUUUUCUAUGUAGCAUCGUCUACCUGCGCAUUACCUCAGUACACUCGUGUCUACUACCUGAGGAGCGUGCUAAAGGAUUCUGGUCUAUUGCGCCACAAACACUGUAAUAUAAUACCUUUGACGAUUCCACAGCCUCUUUUGAAACAGGAUUUGUUAGGCUAUAUUUGCUAGUUUGACCCGGGGGAGGACCAAACAACUGUCUCAACUAUUAUUAGCACUCCGUGUCCCCCUCUAUUACUAUCAGUAAGAAUUCCCUGUAAUGGCCCACCUUUGAGGAUGAAUGCUCAUUAGUUUGGGUGGGAAUAUUCUUCUACGUCAGGCCAAAUCACAUUAAAUGUAUGCCAUUUUUAUGACCCACAAGCACCUCUUCAUCAUGUAGUUCAAAAAGAUAUCCUAAAGACUUUUAUCUAUAUUCACCUAUUUCAUAAACAAGCUCUGUAAGUCGCUGAUGAAUUUACAGUGGCUGUCCUCAACCGUUCCCAGAGACUGCCCCCCUGAUAUGCACAUUAAAUACCCAAAGCAGAGAUGCAAAUUAAUUUGGUCCUUUGCAAUCCGUCGGUCUAAAGAGGUAUGUCUGCAAUCAGAAAAAAACAGUCGGUAAGUCGCCACGACUGUCGCCAAACACUUCUGUUCGUCAGGAGAGUCGCAAGCCCCAUAAAGUCACCUGAUAUAUUUUGGUGAAGGGAACUUUUAUAAUACUUCCUCCACCCCCCACAACUUUGAAGACCGCCCACCUCAGACAUUCGGCAAGAGACCCUCACAUAGAUUUAAAAGCGAGUCAGAAUCCGGCUGAAUGACAGUCAUUGAGUGCAGGACAUCGUCAGCAGAAAUCUCAGCUGGCUAUCUUAGUCGCUCACACGUCCCACUUUGCCGAGGAUGCUACAGUCACUGCAGCUCCGCCAAAGCGUCAUCGCGCUUUUCUUGUGGUUCGCUCAUUUUAUGGAUGGACACAAAGUGCAAGCUGGCAAUUGCUGGCUUCAGCAAGGGAAGAAUGGAAGGUGUCAAGUCCUCUAUAUGUCUGGGAUGAGUCGGGAGGAGUGCUGUAGGGGAGGCCGCCUGGGAACGGCAUGGACCGAGGAGGAUGUUCCCAACAACACUCUUUUCCGGUGGUUGAUCUUCAAUGGCGGCGCUCCGAACUGCACACCAUGCAAAGAGACAUGUGACAACGUAGAUUGCGGUGCAGGAAAGAGGUGCAAGAUGAACAAGAGAGACAAGCCACGCUGUGUCUGUUCCCCCGACUGCUCCAACCUUACCUGGAAAGGCCCAGUGUGUGGCUCAGACGGCAAAACAUAUCGCAACGAGUGCGCCCUCCUCCGGGCACGCUGCAAACGCCACCCGGACCUCACCACCCAGUACCAGGGCAAGUGCCGAAAAACGUGCCACGACGUGCAGUGUCCAGGAACCUCGACGUGUGUGGUGGAUCAGAGCAACAGUGCCUUCUGCGUGACGUGCAACCGCCUGUGCCCCGAGGCCUCGCUACCGGAGCAGUACCUCUGCGGGAAUGAUGGGAUUGUUUACGCCAGUGCCUGUCACCUCAGGAGAGCCACGUGCAUCCUGGGAAGAUCCAUCGGAGUUGCCUACGAAGGAAAAUGCAUAGAUGCCCGGUCGUGCGUGGACAUCCCGUGUCGCAGUGGAAGGAAGUGUCUGUGGGACGCACAGAGCGGCCGGGGUCGCUGCGCCGCGUGCGAGGAGGUGUGUCACGAGGGCAACGCUGGGGAGAGUGUGUGUGCCAGCGACAACAGCACCUACCCCAGUGAGUGUGCCGUGAAGCAGGCUGCCUGCGAGAAGGGCCUGGUCUUGGAGGUCAAACACUCUGGGUCCUGCAACUCCCUCUCUGAAGAGCUGGAGGAGGAUGAGGAGGAUGAGGAAGAUGAGGACCAGGACUACAUGGAUUAUAGUUCUGUGUCUCCCCCUGUGAUUGGAUAGUCCAGCCAUGCUAACAGGACCCUGAGAUCUGGCCAGCAGAGUCGUGUGCAUAACUGUAUAUACUGCGUAUGCUUAUUUAUUUUCAAUGGGAGGAAACAGACGCAUUCAUGUCUCAUUGUGUGUUCUGGAUGUCUAUUUAUAAUACACAUUGUUUUUUUUUCUCAUCCUAUUUAUACAUCUGCAGUGUCUGACUGACUGUAUACGUAUAUCUCACGAUUUGUAUAUUACCCUCUAGAGAAAUAUUAUUUAUUAUGAGGUGCAAUGCUACCCAGUGAACAAUAGAAGUCUUUGGUAAGCUGUAUGUUGCCUAUGUGGUGAUCUGUACAAAUAUGGUAUGCUCUUGUGUUGGUCAUUUCUAUCUCUGGUCUUUGUGGAAGUGGAAUACAACGUUAACUUGCAUGUGGUUUAUUUAAUGGAAAAUCUGAUGCUCACUAAUAAAUGUAUGUCUGGUGUGAGAGGUGGAUCUGUUUUUGUUUACAAAUCAAAGCUGACCAAAGUGGCUUUGUUCAUUUUUUUUUUCUGAUGCAUCUUAUGUUUUCUGUUUCGAAGCGUUUCUGAUGCAUCUUAUGUUUUCUGUUUCGUAGCGUCUCAUGAUGCAUCGUAUGUCUUCUGUUUCGUAGCGUUUCUGAUGCAUCGUAUGUCUCCUGUUCCGAUGAUGGGUGAUAUUAUGACACCACAGCAAGUUUGUGUUCUUUUCUAAAUGAAAUCGUUAAAGAAAUUUUUUUUUUUUCCGGCUCCAUACUUUGGUCGUCUAAAAUGUGCCAUUGAUAAAGCUUGAACACCAUGUAUGCCGAUUCUUAUGCAGUCAGUGUUCUGUUCCAUACACUGCAACAGAACCACAGUGGUUUAUCAUGAUGUACAGGUGUUAACUCAAUAUCAAUCUUUGCAUUCUAUAUUUUUUUUCAUUAAUAUAUAUUUUUUCUCUUUAUGUAUUUUUUAAUGUUAUAGAUCAGUUAUAAAUUUAUAGUUUUGUAUUUUUUAAUGUAAAUGUGUAAUGUAUAUAAAUGGUUAUGACGCUAUUUGUAAAGCAAAAUACAGUCAUACAGUAAUAAAAAGUGUAUUCCAUGA